AUUAUGGUCCUUUAUUUUUUUUCAGAGUAAAUUUUGCAUGCAUUAUAAGAUCAUGGAUACAUUUCCUACACAAAGGUAUGGAACAAAAACUGAAAGUUUUGACACAUGCAUGAUUGAUGCUGCAAAUCAACAACGAGAAAUAUCUGAAACAGUUAGUGGACAGGCAUCUUCUGAAACAGUUGAAGUAGAGAAUCAAGAAAAUCAUGAAACUUCAAGCUUACAUCAACAACAACAUGAGCCAGAACAACAUCAACAAGAUCAACCUAAUGAAAUCUCACAGAUACAAUCCAAUACUCAACAAAGCAUGACUCUUACUCCAAUUCGAUUACCAGCCAUACUUGAUGGAGAAUUCUUUACAGUAAUUAGAGUAGAAGAUAGUAAUGUAACAGUUCGAUGUUUACAAUGUCAGAAACAUUUGAAUGGAAAUUUAAAAUCAACUGGAAAUUUUUUAAGUCAUAUUAAAAGAGUACAUCCUUUUAUGGUUGAUAAAAUUAAAUGUAAAUCUAAUCAAAGGAAACCAGCAAUGAUAUAUAUUGAUUUAUCAGCUGAUAAAUGUCCAGAAAUAGUAAGAACAAAAAGGGGAUAUAGAAAAUGUUACAAGACAGAUGAAUGGCAACCAGGAAAUGAAGAAUCUUAUGAUCAGUCCAAUGAGUGGUCUGAUACUCCAUUAAUUCGUAGACGUAAGUUAGAAGAAGCUGAAUGUUCUGAUCUCUUAAAAAUAUCACAUAAUAAUUCAUUUGUAAUGGAAGAUGAAUUUGAUGCAAUUGGACGAAAUGUUGCAGCAAAACUCAGAAAUAUGAGAUUAGACCAAAGAAUUAUAGCUGAAAAAUUAUUAAAUGAUAUUUUAUUUGAAGCACAAUUAGGAAAUCUUCAUAGAGACUCUAAUAUACAUGUAUGAGAAAAACAUUAUAGACUAAGGAAUGUGUGUAAGUAGAUAAUGUGAAUAUAAAUGAAUGGAUGUAUA